CGGAAAUGCAAAGCAAACGCUAUCUAAUCCGUAUAAGGCAUUUGCCCCGUGGUUUCUUUCUCAUGCUCGCACCUCGCACGAAAGUCACUCUAUAAUUGACUGUACUGUGGCCGGCGCUGCGUAAAAACCACAUUGUUGACGGAGGUUAUGCAUGAUUUUUUAAAUAUAAAAUCAUAUAUAAAGGGAGCCUAACAAAAAAGUUAUGUCAACCGAAUGCAGCAAACAAACAAAACAAUCAACCAUAAAUGUAAUUAAACGGAAACAACAAUGGCAAAGCAAUAAAAUAAAGGGAUAUCCCGCAGUAAAUUACUAUGUGUUCAUCGCCAAUAUAUCCCAUUGCAGCCAUCAUCAGUCCACAGAAGAAGAAAAAAAUGUCCUUAAGAAGACCAUAUACAUUUCCUAUGAAAACGUGAAUUUCCAAAUUCAUGUGACCCUCCUUUCUUGUGAUCAGACGAGCUUUUUCUUUAUUAUUCAAUUCAAGCAACAGCUCCAGUGAGCAGCCGGUGCAGAAAGGCUGGCUUUUGGUUUCUCGUGGAAACCCCGGGCAUCCUUAUGUUAUUAGAUCUGCCUGCCCCAUUUACCACCACACUUAUUCGUCAAGUUACCCUAAAUUCGCAUGCGUAUGAAGAACUACCAGCAAGUGUCACGAUCUGAAUAAACGGUUUCCAUACAAAUGAACAAGAUUCGUCAUUAAAUAACCUAAGACUAAACCAGCACUGAGAACAGCUCCCGUUACAGCCCACGGUUCCGACAGUGACUGUCACCAUGCGUGUUAAAAAAAAAGAUGCAUUUUCAUCCUCCCAUCUCAAACGGUGUUGACUAGCCAUCCCCGAUUCAUUUUGCCAAUCCCCGUGAUCGUGGCGUGAUUUAAACAUAUUUGACAAGACGCCACUCCCUGCCAGACCAAGACGGCGGCGAUACUAUGAGAUCGGGGUCGCUUGUUGUUGACUACGGCUGCGGCAAGGAAAUAUACCACGUUCACCAAAAACAAGGCAGAUCUGCGCGUAGUUCGGAGCCCGUCUGCCUCACAGCAAACAGCGGCGAUGCACGCUUUUAUUCUGACUGGGAUCGGUCCUAACGGAGGACGCUGGAAAGGAGAUCACCGACGUCCUUAUGGGUUAUAGCUGGUCGUAUUAAGGAGGGCUGCAGAACACAAGAGCGACACUUUCCGCUGGACUUUCCCUUCCGCGAAACACGUUAUAUUGCAUGGACCGUGGAACAAGGGUGGCAUAAUUGAAGGGCAGGAUCGAAGGAGCGUAUUCACCAAAAGAGACAUUACCGAUUUAUGAACACGCACCACAGGGAAGAGGAUGAGCCUGGACUCAUGCUGGAGACCCAGUGAGGUGACUUGUGACAUCAGGGCCAAGUCUCUGGGGUGACACUGCUCUGAACUGGGUGACUGAGCUCAGCAGCACAGCUUUUAAUGUGGUCGGUGGCCCCUUCGUUUUACAUUGACGUCAGAUAAUUACUGUCACCCAGGAAAAUCCUCGGAAUAAAUAAAUUUGCAUCACUUCAAGAGGCAUAUAAGCUUAGAAUCCAUUUGCUUUUUUUGCUGUCUGGAGUUUUGCAGUCUCAAGUUUCAGGACAAAGUAUGUCAUCUGCAUCCUUCCACGGAAUUCUACGCCCGCUUGUGCUCGUCAUCUUCCUUUUGGGUUCUUUUGUGACUUUGUUUUUUAUGUAUUUCAAACCAUCGACCAACUGGCUCUCAGGCCCCAUUGAAUCUGCGACAUCAGCUCUUAAGGUGAAGAAUCUCUUUUCUGCAAAGAAGGAGCUGAAUCGCACCAUUGUUUUGAUCUGGCUGUGGCCAUUUGGUCAGACCUAUGAUUUAAGUUCUUGCACUUUAUUCAACAUUGAGGGAUGUUACUUAACGGCUGAUAGGAACUUGUACAACAAGUCCGAUGGGGUCAUCAUCCACCACAGAGACAUAAACAGUGAUUUUUCAAACCUGCCAUUAACACAGCGCCCAUCUUUCCAGAAGUGGGUGUGGAUGAAUCUUGAAUCACCAUCACACUCACCAAAAAUUCCUGGAAUUGAGAACCUGUUCAAUUUAACUCUGAAUUACAGGCGAGAUGCCGAUAUUGAGGUUCCGUAUGGGUCUAUUGUGUCAACGCAGGAAGAUGAAACCUUUGUACUACCAAACAAGAAUAAGUUAGUUUGUUGGAUUGUAAGCAACUGGAAUCCUGAACAUACAAGAGUGAAGUACUACAAUGAACUGUACCAGCACAUUGAGAUACACACUUAUGGACAAGCCUUUGGGGAAUACAUUAGUGAUAAAGACUUUUUCCCCACAAUUGCCAGUUGCAAAUUCUAUCUGUCAUUUGAAAACUCAAUACACAAAGACUAUAUCACUGAAAAAUUGUACAACCCACUAUCUGUGGGCUCGGUGCCAAUCGUUCUUGGACCGUCAAGGCAAAAUUAUGAAAACUUUGUUCCUGGAAGUGCCUUUAUACACGUGGAUGAUUUUCUUUCCCCAAAAGAGUUGGCGGACCAUAUCUUACUGCUGGACAAGAAUGAAGAUAUGUACCUACAGUUUUUUGAGUGGCGUAAGCACUUUAAAGUAAAGAUGUCAUACUUUUGGGCAGAGCACACGUGUCGUGCCUGUGAUUACAUCAGCAAACACAAGGAAUACAAGGCAUGCAAUAACCUUGACACCUGGUACUGGGGGUAAAUUCUCAGAUUUGAAACAAGAAGGUUCUGUUAUUGGGAUCAAAGUUAUGCUGGUUUAUGGUGCAACUGCUGGAGAGAAGAAUAUUAGAAACAAGAUAUAAAUUGGAAGAACUGCAUUGUGGGAUGAAAAUUUCCAUAAGGAAAAAAGUGGCUUAUGGAGGUAUGCUUUUGUAAAAAACAAACAAACAAAAAAAAAAUAUAUAUAUAUAUUCAGUGGUACAACAUACAUGGACAAGUUAAAUUCCCUUGAAUAUCACACCAUAGAGAAGGUUUGACUUGAACAACAUGAACAUUUGCCACCUUUCUCCAUUUCAGGAUGCCAACAAGCUUUUAGGGCUACGGACCACAGACUAACAGAAACAUAGAUAUUUACCCACUGAAUAGACGUCAUUGUAUUACCCUGAAAUGUACUAAUUCCAGCAAACAUUUAGUGAACUGAUUUACUGUAAGAGACAUUUCAAUUUAAACAUUUUCAAGAAAACCCUAUCCUUGGUCUAAAUCAAAAGCAUUUGUUUACGUUGUGACAAAACUCUUGAGAAAUCGGUUUAGUGUCACUUGUGUCGUACUGUAUCACGUCUCAUUGUAUAAAUAUGUGCAACCAACACAGAGAUGCAACUGGUACCUUGUUUGAUAUUGUAUCUUCAGAUAUUUCAAGGUUUAAAAUGGAAAACCAUAUUGUUUUGACAAAUUAUGACUAUUUUUCAUGGGAGAUUAGUUAUUUUACAAAGAAUAUAUAUGGUAAAUGUGGAGUGAGAAAACACUGUAAAAUAGUGAUUUAGGUAUGAAGGUAAACCGCAGAGGAUAUUUAAUGGCGAAGAUGCAAAUGAUAUCAUAUACUGUGAAUUGUUUUGCACUGUGGGAGAGAGCACUCAGCUGAAGUGAUGUGAAACGUAUGAGUCUUUGAAUGUGGCCAAACAAGGCAGAAGAAACUGUAUGUGUCACAUGAUAGUUCUGAUGCCUCUGAAGACAUUAUGACCCUGAUUAGGGUGCGCUUGCAUUUUCUCAAAGUCUGAUAGAUAACGAUCUACUUUCUGUGGUUGUCUAGAUAGUUUCCUUCCUACUGCUGUGCAAAGCAGUUCCACUUUCAUGUUGAGAGAUUCCCAUAAUAUUGAGAAACUUAAUUAUAUAGGCUGUGGACAGUCUUCCACACCUACAUCCAUGAAAAACCUACAUGCAUAGCUUAGAGUAGGAGACCUAUGCUGUGUUAUUUGAUUUGAAAUAGUCCCAGAUUUACAGUACUCAAAUCAAUGACAUAGUUUGCUGUUAACUAAUAAGAAAUUUCUCAAGAGCUACUUUGUACUACUGUAGAAACAUUGUAAAUUUGGUGGUCAUUAAAACUCACAUUUUGCAUGCUAAAAGAAAUUCUGCAUUUUAGUAAAAGAUAAAGUGAAGAUUGUGAAGGUUUGGGUACAAGUCUAUAUGUCACUGGGGAUGAAAGUCACAUGGCAUUACAUUUAUAGAGCCUGUUGCAAUAAGAUAUCUGACAUCAGUCAUUCUAUGCAGAUACAUUUUGUUUUCAAAAUAUAUAAACAUGUUUUUUCCACUUAGUGUCAAACACAAUGAUGUUUAGCUACAUUUGUAAAAAAAAUACUUAUUGUUAUUUUCAGGACAUCACCAGCAUAGUGGUCAUUCAUAUAACAGAUGUUCAUUAAUAAAAAAAAAAAAAACUUAUUCAUCAGGCUAACUAGCAUGAGAAUCUGACUGAAAUCAUUAGUUUUAAAUAUCUGAUUGUGAGAAAUAACAAAACAUACAUUAGACAUGCGUAUAGACUGGUAUUUACCUAGGUUUGGUGGAACUUACUGAAAAUAGAACGAUUUUAAUUAAAUCUAUUUACCACAGUCUUAAAAGCAGUAGUUCAACAGUGGGCAUAAAAUUUUAAACAUACCUCACAAAGUUUUUCUUAAACAGUUUCUGGUUUCAUCUUGGAGUGGUAAAUAAUAAACAAUUCUGAAGAAACAUCUGUGUACUUUUAUACUACAAGUGAUUACUGAAGAUAAUAUGACGCCCAGACUCAAAAAUACCCAGAAAUGAAGUUGUUUUACUCUCUUAACACUAUUUUUAUUUGAAAAGCAGAAAUGAAAAGCAGGUAGGGUGCUUACACCAUUGUUCUUUAUAACGUACCAUAUUUAGAUGUAAUAUAAACAUUCCCAUUUCCACAAACUGAUAUUGCUGAUCACAAAAUAAUGUCUGAGGUGGUGUGUAGUGAAGUACCCAGUAAUUGCUGGACAAUUCAGCAUUUAUUGGGUUCAAUAAUAUUUGUUGUGGAACGUAAAGCAAAAAUAAAUGCACAAAUAGAUGAUUAAAUAAACAAUAAAAAUUUAGCUACUGUCACUUUUUCCUUCCAUGGUUGUGGUUUCAAAUCCAAAUACAAGCUGUCAGUAUGCGUUGCUCGUCCUCGUUUUUCCUGGGUAUUCUUUUGUUCAGAAACUGGCAGGCAAAAAAUUUACAUGAAAUCUCAGCUGAAGCACAUUUGUCCUAUUAUAAUUAAGAUAAAUGUAUAGUUUUCUAUUGUUAUAGCACAAUAACAUCAGGACUUCAUAACCAAUAUUUCAUGUGUAAAAGGAGAGCUCUAAAUUGUUGCUUUACCUUAAGUAAGCAAACCAAACUAAAUUAUAGGUGAAAAAUAAAAUGCAAAAAACGAUCCCUUCUACAUAUAUAUCGGCCUCUGACCUCUCUCACCAAACUGCCACUGACAAUGUUUUUUUUGUUCGCUUUAUCUCUGUAAGUCAUAGACACUUCAGUGUGUGAAAAUGAUGCUGAGACCACAAACAGUUACACUACAUCCUUGGCCAUUUCAACACAGUAGCUCUGUAUGCUGUUCUUUGCGUAUGCUGUGUAUGCAGCUACAGCUACAGGAGCGGACUGUUCCCCCCAGUGGCAAAUUCCCAGGCUACUUUCUGUUACCAGUCUGCCCCUGGAUCCAUUGGGUAGUAAUGUUUUCAUCUACAGUGCCAGCACUGGGGAAAAUGUAAUAAUUUCCAAUUACUAUUUACAGUCCUACACCAAGUAUGUCAUAUGAUAAUUUAGUCUGUUUCUAAAUCUUUAACCACUUUAUGGGCAAAGAAUGUACUCAUCUGCCUGCCGGGGGCAACAUCCAAACCUGAAAUACUGGAGGUAUGACACACCCCACUGAAUCACUGUGCCAGACAAUCAUGUUAUGGGACAUCCAUGCACCAGGGACAGGACAGAAGCCUACGUGUAGCAGAUUUGCCAUCCAAAAGAGUUCACAGUGUUUUGUGAUGUUAUCCAAGGAGCACACUUUGUUGGUGGGACCCUAAUACGUACAGUAUGUGAAUGUCAGAAUCAUAUGAAGUCGGGUCGUAUUGAAUUUUAUUAUUGCAAAUUUGUCCAACAGUAUUGUAAAUACAACAGCCAAUACACUUUUUUUACAAUAUUUAAGUUUGGAGUAUCAUUUGUCACUCUUAGUCUUUGGUCACAGUUCAAACCAAAGUAAAGCCAUUUGUAAAUGACAUUCUAUUGAUAUAAAAUACAUUUGUGGAUAUGGAGCAGAAAUUUAUAAAACCGACAAACUCCAUGUACAGUAUAUCGAGUGUAAAAUGGACAAAUAUGCAUCAUGUUAAAUACAGAUGUGUUGGUUUUUAAAAAAAAAAUAUUCAGUGCUGUCAUUUGCAACAGGCAUCAUGCUUUACCGUCGUGAAAAUGGUCUCACCAGCAGUUUUUAUUUAGUUGAAAUUAAUAAUAGUUAUAAUUGGAGAUGACAAGAAGGAAACCAUAUUUGAAGUAUAGGUGGAUUUUUGACAGAAUAUUAUCCAAAUAGGGCAAAAUUUCUGUGAUAAAAAUAAAUAAUUGUAAUUUAUGGGUAAUGCUUUAGUUUUCAGUUUGUACUCAUCUUCAAAUAUCAAUAAAAUGGAUAUAUGCAAUUUA